AUGGCUAUGUAUAGAAAUGUUUAUAGACUCCCUCCAGCCUCAGCCAAGCAGCAUGGGGUGAACCUCAGUGCCCCAACACCUCCUUUCCAGCAGGCCAGUGGUUAUGGCCAGCAUGGCUACAGUACAGAUUAUGAUGACUUGACCCAAGGGACAGCAGCAGGAGACUACACCAAAGGUGGCUAUGGUGGACCAUCGCAGGCACCAAAGAAGUCUGCAGGUUCUGGACUUGGCAAAGGAGUAUCGGUGUCUUCAAGCACCACCGGUCUACCUGAUAUGACUGGUUCUGUCUACAAUAAUACCCAGACUUUUGACAAGCAGGGAUUUCAUGCAGGAACCCCUCCACCUUUCAGCCUGCCCUCCGCCUUGGGUUCCACUGGGCCCCUGGCCCCUGGAGCAGCCCCUGGCUAUGCACCCCCACCAUUCCUGCACAUCUUACCAGCCCACCAGCAGCCCUACUCACAGCUGCUGCACCAUCAUCUUCCGCAGGAUGCACAGAGUGGCUCGGGUCAGCCCAGGCAGCCCAGUUCCCUACAGCCCAAGUCUCAAGCCUCCAAACCUGCCUACGGCAACUCUCCAUACUGGACAAACUAAACCCGAAGAGAGGGGUGGGUUGGAGCAAGGCUUACCCUGGGCAGGAGAGAACACAUGAGCACAUAUAUGGGAGCCCAGUGCCCUUUCCUAGAAUUUGCAAGACUAACUGUGUCAGCCGUGCCUCUGUGGGGAGCCUGCCUCCCAGACUGGCUAUUGUAUGUAAUGUAUUUAUGUAUGUAUUUGUAAAUGUGAUAGAAGUCUAGGACAGUGGAGGGGAUGGCUGCAGAUGUUAGCCAGGUCUGCUCUCCCCAUUCAAGCCCCUUUUCUGCUGUAGCAAAAUAAGCCUCUCCACCCCAUCUGCCUUCAGGCCUUCUUCAUAGCUGCUGCUGCCCAGUGGGCCAUUGGGGCAGUCUCUGGAAGGCUGGUUCAAGGCCAUUUGGGUAUAGGGGUCAGGUACCAAUGAAGAAUCACGACUUAUCUCACUCCUUUGGAAACUAUUAUUUUAGUUUUCUUUCCUGUGUAAUUCAUACCUCUAUUUCUGAGAAACUGUUCCUUUUGUCAUCUGUCAUGGUCCCCUUCCACCAAAUCUUGGGAAUAGUAGUGAUAUCCCUCCACCCAACACAAAUAUGGGCACCUGUUUUUCUUCAUAUAUAACAGGGGCUUCUGGUCUGGUCAUAUCCCUAGAGACUUACUAGAGACUGGCUGACCAUUUUAAAAAUAAUAAUCAUCUGAGUUGUUCAGCCAUUCAGCUCCCCUUUAAAAAUCAAAGAUAUGUCCAAGCAACGCAUCUCUCUUCCAGUUGUCUUGAACCAGGUGGGAAGCUGUUUCAGGGGUUUUCUCUUGCCCAAUCCCCACCUAAUAAAGUUCUGAGAGCA